UCAUAGGGGGCCACGUCGCUCAAUGCUACAUUUCCCGACAUGCAUAUCUGUACAUGGGAGGGGCGAUUUUGUUUGUGCGCGGGCAGAUUUUUAAAAAGAAAAUGGCGGAUAUUAAUUCUGGAGAGCAAUCGGAAAGCUGCGACCACUCUGCUGAACACCAGAAGAUGGUCCACCAAGAAGAAAUCCCUCAGCAGGGACUUAAAAGAGUUUGCCCUGGGAGUCCAAGCCCAGCAGCUCCUCACCCCAAAUCUCCCCGCAGACACACUCCUUCCUCCACCACCACACAUAUGUCAGAAACAACAGAGGUACAGAUGGAGCCGUGUUCUGGAGGAGAGGGGCAGGGAAGGGACCCUGAGGGGGGUGUUCUAACAGAGGGUCGGUCGUUGAGCCCCAGCAGCACGCAAAGGAAAUCCUGGAGGAGGUCGACCAGGGGCCGACGCUCUCUCCCUGCCCUCUCCAACACCUCCCAGACUCUAUGCAGGUCUAUCAGCCAAUCCCUACCCGAGGAGGAGAGGCUGGAGAAACUGAUGGAGGCUUCUAUGAGGCUGGCAGUUGAGAAGUUACAAGACUCACUGAGCAUGACACCCAACGGCAGUUUAGAGUCACUUCAGACACAAGUGGAGGAUGUACAGAAGGGCUGGUGUUGCCUGGCCAAAGACCUACGCAGUGAGCCACAGUGUCAACAACCUCCCACAAGCACAGCCAAUGACACUGCAAUGCAGAACACCUUGGAGCAGACCAGGAAGGCUAUACACAGGCUGCAGGCUGAGAGUGCAUCUUGGGACUCCCUGUUAGACAAGCAUCGGAGUAAAGCUGAAGAAUUGGCCAGGCGAGUGGAGCAGUGCCAGGAGACUGGGGUGACAUUAGACCCUAGCUGCCUGGCCCAGUCCUCACAGAGCCAGCUCAUCCAGAACAAACCUGAUUACCACAGCCUGCUCUGCAGACAGCAGCCCGUACUGUCCACUAUGGACAUGGUGAUGGACACCCAGUGUAAGAUGGUCAGGGAGCUGCAGUCUAUAUUCGAACAGUCUCAGCUACUGGUGAAGGAGACAAGCUGCAGAUUGGCGACUGAUGUGGGAUUCCAGGAACUCUCUUCUGACCCAGUCAGGGAUCUACUGGCAGGACCCCCACCCUCUGUAUCAACCAACGCAUCAUCCUAGUACCUCUGUCUUAGGGUUGUCACAAUACAGAAUCACUCCUCUGACCCAGUCAGGGAUCUACUGGCAGGACCCCCACCCUCUGUAUCAACCAACGCAUCAUCCUAGUACCUCUGUCUUAGGGUUGUCACAAUACAGAAUCACGGUACAACCAUACUAGAUUUUUCAUGGCAAAAAAAAGAACUAAGCAGACUGAAUUCUGGCUUUGUACAAGCAAGACAAAGCACACCUUUAAUAGAUAUGACUGUAUUGUGACCUUUCGUCUCGUCCAGGUUCACUCAAUGAAUGACCAAUAGAAAGAUCAGUCUGACUUUUUCUGUGUUUUCUGUAUUUAUGGGUCUUCACUCUGUACCCAUGGCUCUCUAAGUUAGCUGUUAUCGUUGGUGCCUUGUGUGGUUGUUUGUAAAUAAUAGUCUCUGGUAUCUUUCUUCAUGGGAUGUAUGUUGAUUAUUUCGGCUAUAACCUAUCUAUUCUAAUUCUAUUCCACCACUAUACUAUGGCACCCUAUUCCUUAUAUAGUGCACUAAUUUGUACCAGAGUGCUAUGGGCCCUUGGUCAAAAGUAUUACUUUUAUAUAGGUUACAGGGUGCCAUUUGGGACGGACACCCCACUCUCCCUACAAAACGUAUGCUGUUGGCCACCAGAGGGCGAUCUCACCUUUUAUUUAAGCAGUUUAUGAAUAUUCACCUAUAGUAAAAGAUGUAGAAAAUAUUCACCUGCAGUGGAUGUCUUUUGGGGCUAAUUUGCACGAUACCAGCUUUCCUUUAUUUUCCUGUAUAUUCAUGUAAAAAAAAAUGUGAAUGAUUUUUACAUUAUUAACAGCAAUUAUCUGAAUUUGUCUUUUACUUUCUGACCAUUGAAGUGUGAAAUGUUAUUCCAACCCAACUCCUUUGAAACAUUAUUGGUUUCAGUGUGUAACAAGGGGACAAAUUCUCUCUACACACACAACUUGUUAGUUCUCACAACACAACCUUGUAUCUUAUGUAUUAUAAUGUCCCUUUCUUAUCCUGUAAUCUUUUCUGUUUUGGCCAGAGAUUCGGUCCUUUUUUCUCUCCUCUGGCACUGCUGUCUUCCUCUGUCCCUUCUCCUGUCCAUCAGGGAGGAAGCCCCUCCCCCACCUCACAGUGAUUCCCUCCCUCUCCUUUCACCAGGUUACUGAUGCAGAACGAAGGCCUGACAUUAUGCCAAGUAUUUCAUAACCCCCCCCCUCCCUUUUUUUCUCCCCUUUUUCAAUAUCAUUCACUCACUAUCACCUCUUAAAUCUUCUCACCGUAUUUCAUGCUAUAUGGUUGUGCCUCUUACCAGGAGAAACAUGAACAAUUGAAUGUUGCCCUGACGUCGAUGAGGAAUAAAUCCUCAGAUAACUUUAACAGUCAAUAGUUACAUUUGCAUGAACAGUGGGAUGUCUUUUUUAAGAAACUGUGUGAAAGGAAUUAGACGGGCUCAAAUUCUGCCCAAAUAGGAAAGGUGUCCUGCACCUACUGACUCAAAUCACCAUGAUAUUUGGUCUUAUUUAUUGCUGUAUUACAAACAUGUAUUUUCUGUGGGCUGUUCUUGCAUUGGGGGGUGCAUGGUGAGAGAGGACAGAGGGAGAAAAGUGGGGUCGUGAGCGCGGGAGAGUCAUGGAGGGAGGGUGGUGCACGGCAAGGGAUCGAUUCUUAUUUGGAUGGAAAUAAGGCUGGGUGCUUGUGGAAUGAGAGAGAGGGCAUCUCCUGCUUACAAAUUGAAAGAAGUCAAGUCACGUAUUCAGGUACUGAAGAAACACAUUCACAGAACAGGAUCUAAAAAGAGAAAUAUAGUAGAGAACUAGAUACAAAAUAUGGAUUAGCACAUUAGUUAUUGAUCAUGUAUACUUUCUUUAGAUUUGACAUCACUGCUUUACAUUAGUCUUACAAUAUAGAGUUUGCAAAUGGACCAAAAAUGUAUUCAAAUAAACUGGGUUGAACGUGAAUGUUUUUUUGUGACCCGUAAUAUGCCUGGUCCUACUUUUGA